GCGAGCGCGCGGGCAGGGUGGCCAGCUGUUGGACUGCCUGCCGCCAUUCCGUCCCCGUGGGAGCGUGAGCCCGACGCGCCAGGCGACACAGAAGGAUUGACAAGACCAUGCUGGCGAGUCUGAAGGUCAAGAAGCAGGAGCUGGCCAACAGCUCGGAUGUGAACCUCUCAGACCGGCCACUGUCCCCGCCUCUCACUGCACCUCCCACCAUGAAGUCCGCGGAGUUCUUCGAGAUGCUGGAGAAAAUGCAAGGGAUCAAGCUCGAAGAGCAGAAGCCAGGACCCCAGAAGAACAAGGACGACUAUAUUCCCUAUCCCAGCAUUGAUGAGGUUGUGGAGAAGGGCGGCCCGUACCCCCUUGUUAUCCUGCCCCAGUUUGGGGGCUACUGGAUCGAGGACCCGGAGACCGUGGGCACGCCGACCUCCCUGGGAAGCAGCAUCUGCGAGGAGGAGGAGGAGGACAAUCUCAGGGCCAGCACAUUCAGCUACAAGCUUGAAUGCAAGAGUGAAGCCAGGGCCUACCGCAGACACUUCCUGGGGAAGGACCAUCUAAACUUCUACUGUACUGGCAGCAGCCUGGGCAACCUGAUCCUGUCCAUCAAGUGCGAGGAGGCAGAGGGGAUCGAGUACCUUCGGAUCAUUCUCAGGUCCAAAGUGAAGACCGUGCAUGAGCGGAUCCCCUUGGCUGGACUCAGCAAGCUGCCCAGUGUCCCUCAGAUUGCAAAGGCUUUCUGUGAUGACGCGGUGGGGCUGAAAUUCAACCCUGUCCUGUACCCCAAGGCUUCCCACAUGAUUGUGUCCUAUGAUGAACAUGACGUCAACAACACGUUCAAGUUUGGGGUCAUUUAUCAACAAGCCAAACAGACCCUGGAGGAGGAGCUGUUCGGGAACAACGAGGAGAGCCUGGCCUUCAAGGAGUUCUUGGAGCUGCUAGGAGAUACAGUCAUGCUGCAGGACUUCAAAGGCUUCCGAGGAGGCCUGGAUGUGACCCACGGACAGACAGGGGUGGAAUCCGUGUACACAGUCUUCCGGGACCGGGAGAUCAUGUUUCACGUCUCCACAAAGCUGCCCUUUACUGAAGGCGACGCCCAGCAGCUCCAGAGAAAGAGACACAUUGGCAAUGACAUUGUGGCCAUCAUCUUCCAAGAAGAGAACACGCCCUUCGUCCCAGAUAUGAUCGCCUCCAAUUUCUUACACGCCUACAUUGUUGUGCAGGCUCAGAACCCAGCUACAACGGAGACCCCAUCCUACAAGGUCUCGGUCACUGCGCGGGAAGACGUGCCUGCCUUUGGACCCCCUCUGCCCAGCCCCCCUGUUUUCCAGAAGGGCCCCGAGUUCAGGGAGUUUCUGCUCACCAAGCUCACCAACGCUGAGAACGCUUGCUGCAAGUCGGACAAGUUUGCGAAGCUGGAGGACCGGACGAGGGCAGCCCUCCUGGACAACCUUCACGAUGAGCUGCAUGCCCACACCCAGGCGAUGCUGGGGCUGGGCCCGGAGGAGGACAAGCUUGAGAACGGGGGCCAUGGGGGCUUCCUGGAGUCUUUUAAGCCUCCUGUGGCAGCAGCCACCGGAAAGGGCCAGUCUCGGAGCCCCAUCAAGCGUCGGUCGGGGCUCUUUCCCCGUCUGCACACGGGCUCUGAGGGCCAAGGGGACAUCCGGACACGAUGCGACAGUGCAUCCAGCACCCCCAAGACCCCGGAUGGCGGGCACUCUUCUCAGGAAACCAAGUCUGAGACCUCGUCCAACCCCAGCUCCCCGGAAAUCUGCCCGAACAAAGAGAAGCCCUUCAUCAAGUUGAAGGAGAACGGCAGAGCCAACAUCUCGCGCUCCUCCUCCAGCACCAGCAGCUUCAGCAGCACCGCAGGGGAGGGCGAGGCCAUGGAGGAGUGUGACAGCGGGAGCAGCCAGCUGUCCACAACGUCGCCCUUCAAGCAGGAGGUGUUUGUCUACAGCCCGUCCCCGAGCAGCGAGAGCCCCACAGCCGGCCUGGGCGUGGCAGCCACCCCCAUCAUCAUGAGCCGGAGUCCCACGGAUGCCAAGGGCAGAAACUCCCCGAGGUCCAACCUGAAGUUCCGCUUCGAUAAGCUCAGCCACGCCAGCCCCAGCUCGGGUCACUAAUGGGAAAGAGGAGUCCUUCAGACAUUAAAGGGAAGCCUGGAUUCUGUCCAGGAGAAGGCUCCUAGUCCAGGUCUUUGGGAGUGCCGACCACUGCUCUGACCAUCACAGGCCUAUUGCCCCACUGGACACCUGACCAACUUGUCUGUCCCAGUGCCCCCCAUCUGGUCCUAUCUCUGUCCACCCCUUCACCAGAACACCCCUAACUUUGGACAAAGCCUUCUCCCUCGAGAGCCCUCUUUGUGGUCUCUUCCCGUGCCAUGUCUGUCUGGGCCUUGUGUCACCCUGGUUUUUUUCUGCUGAGGAAAAGGGAAUUGGGCCAGGGAGGGUCAUCAGGGUACCGUCGGGAGCAGAGGCAGAGGGUGGUGAGGUGGGGAGCAGGGACAGGCAGCAGGGGCGUCCCUGUGUGUCCUCGGUCACAGCCUUCUUGGACACGGCAGGCUGGAACCAGGGCCAGUGCAUCUACGGGUGGUGGAGGGGCUGCUUCUGCAUGAGCCAAGAUUGAGACCAUCAGGGCAGUGCCCUGAUAUAAACCGGCUCUGGGCCUCCCAUGUCUCUGGGGCUUUGAAAUGCCUGUUUGCUUCCUGGAUGAGGACUUUGUACUCUUGGGUGGAUGUCAGGCCCCCGUCUCCUGACCUUGCCAUCAGCCGUGUGUUUCAAGAGGGGCGUUGGCCAGUUGACGCUUGGAGACAAAGCUGGGAUACCACUCCUCUGCCCCCUCCCCCUCCCCCACCCCCUCCCAGACUCCCAGUGAUCAUUGCUGCUGCUAGAGAAGCUUCCUGUCGGUGUCUCCCCUCAGAGAGUGAUUUUGUCCUGGAGGGGAUGGGUGGCCAGGCAGGAGUGAGAAGGAAUUCAGGGAGCAGGGGGUGCUUAGGGCCCCAGGACUCAGCUGGGAGGUGCUGGUGGUGGGUGUACAUGGGAGGCAAUCAGCUUUCACUCACCCACCACUCAGGUUGCAGCGGGACAGGUGAGGUAGGGGUGACUUGCCAGGGGACGAUGUGCAGGGGCAGGAGAGAGGCUUGGGUUCGGAGAACAGCACCCAUCCACGACUUAGGUUCCUGUCUCUGGGAGCUCAGCGCUGCCUUACGGGGCCCUCUCUGGGUCCGGGCACCAUCCCGCAGGCCAGCGGCUGGGGGCGGGGUUGGUGGUGGCUGCAGCCUAGCUGCCCCCAGAAUGAGAUGCAAGCACCUCAGUCAGGGCCCCCUCUGCUGGCGGAAGCAGUUUGCUCUCUGAUGGGUAGCCAGCGUCCCCCUCUCCCACACCGGGGUGGGUGGGCGUGGACCUGGAAGGUCCUCUGAGGGUCUGGCUGCCCGCGGGGAGCCCUAGGCCAGCCCGUGUACCUUAGUAGCUGAUACGCGGUUGUCCCCGGAGGCUUCCUAGAUGCAGGGAGCCAGGCUCCUUCCCAAACCGAGGCUUAUCAGUGGGACACUUAUUGCUGUGAUACUUUCCUUGCGGCUUUUGUCACGAGUGCACCGUGACGGCUUGAUCCUUGGCACCCAUGCACGCACGCACGUGACGCUGCGGGGGAUGUGUGCGGGCUGGGGUGCCUCCGCCCCCCUGGUCUGAAAAGAGCCGGUCCAGAAAACCAUCCCAGUUGGAAGAGCCAGGCUAGGGCGGGCCAGCUUGCUGGAGCCCUCUUUCACACCAUCCCCACAGCACCCACUGCUCGAACGAGGCCCCAGGGUCCUGGCAGCGUGCUGCUGGCUGGGCUUCUGAGAGGACUCGCAAGGUGCAGCUGCAUUUCUGCACCACUCGUGCCAGGCUUCGGGCUCACCUCUCUGCGUAUCUCAGAUUCACAGUGGCUCGGUGGCGGUGCUGUGUGGCAGGGUUGCCCGGGGGCUUUUGGAGGUUUUUAGGUGGUCUCCACUCUGCCCCAGAGCCCCCAAGGCUCUAGCUUCUCCUGCCUCUGCGUGGUGGGUGGAGUCAGUGGUUACGUGCUGGGCUGGUGAUCACAGCCCUCGAAGGCCCCAGGAUGGAGUUCUGCCUUGUACACAGGGUCUCUGACCAGCUGGCAACUGGUUUACGGGGUUUUUUGUCCCAAGUGGCAGUGGGGAUGAUGUCCAGUGUGCGAAGGAGCUAGAAGACCGUGCUGUGCUCCCCAAGAAGCGCAGCCCUGUGAGUGAAUGAUCCCACCUCCUGUUUGCUGUUGGGAAUGCUCUGGUCAGAACCCCAAACGUCCCUGUCUCUGAGUCUUGCUAUAUCCUCUCUAAGAGGUCUGCCUAUGGCUCUUAGGGUGUAUGCUACCAGCCCACCUUCGGCUCCAGAGAGCAGGAUGGGCCCUGGUUUCUCCAUGACAACCCCACCCCCAUCCCUCACCCCAUCCCCCGGCUGUAGAGCAGGUCACUGGGGCCCCUGGAAGGCUGUUCCCCACACAGUCUGCUCAGAUGCAUAAGGCCUCCCCUCUGAUGACUGCUCCCAGGUGUGGGGCACCCAGGUUUGCCCUGAGCCCCCUGGGUUCUUGGGACUAGAUUCACGUAGCUGGCGCUCAUGCUAGGAUUUGCGGCAUUUUCACGUACAAUCUCCACUUUAAAAGGCAUUUCCCGGACCCCCUCUGUCUCUGAGGACUGCCUGGUUGACUGAGGACACGGUACUUUCCCGGGGCUGCCUGGCACCCAGAGGCCUCUCCCCAAGUUGGCGCCGGAGCUGGCGUUUCUUUCUGUGCUAGUGAAUGGAAACAGUGUUGUUUCCUAGCGGACCUUCUAUGGCUCUGCUUUGUCAAGAUUAUCAUGACGCCCACCCUCGGGGACCCUAUGCAUCGUCAAAUCCCACCUCUCUUCCUACAGAUAAGAACCCUCAGACCCAGGGAGGAGACAGUGUACUCUAGUGUCCACUACCAGCUAGUGGCAAGGGUGGGGUUAGAACCCACGCCCCAGGGUCCUUUGCUCUGUACCAUCUAUUGCUGUGUGGAAUAUGUGGCUAUAGUUCCUGGAGGCCCGGGUAUUGGAGAAGCCAGUUAGCUGGUGCCGACGCUGGCAGGGAGGCAAUACAGUCAAGAAAUGCUGGUGGGCCCUCUUUUCUCAUAUUUCCAUUGGGGGGGUGGGCAGACAGAGGUGCUCUGAGAUUGCAAAAGGCCAGGAGAGGCUUGAGUUGAGGUUUUGGAUGCAGCUUGGAAAACAAGGAGGGGGACGGGGAGCCAGUCCCUCUGGCUCAGGUCACCCCCAAGGUGACCCUGGUCUAUAAAGGCGGGUGGAGGCCAGGGCGAAGAGGCAGUUAACCAACUCUUGCAUAUGCCUUUGUAAGUUGAGAAAGAAAAUGGCAAAGGAGACCUCUUGAGUUCUCUCCCUACUUCUUGAACAGAGAUGGUUGGUGGUCUUUAGGGAAGAGGCAAGACACGGGGCCUCUUUCCCUUUCUCUCCCAAACUCUUUUAAGGUGCCAACACAAACACUACCUUCUUCAUUUCUAAGCCACUGGAGCCAGGUCUGCGGAGGGGGUGGGUGUGGGUGUGCAGGAGUUCAGGUCGAUGGAAGGUUACAGGUGGCCAGUCAGGACCAAGACUGAUCAGGCAGACGCAGGACCAAUUCCACAGCUCCUUCCUUCAAGGCGAGGGCGGGUCAGCAAAUGCCCAGUCUGUCUCUGUAGCCCGGCUGGGUUGCUGGCUGGGGCAUGGCCUGCCAAGCUCAGAUACAUUUUGUCACUAACCCCUUGCUCACCCCAACCCCACGGCUCCCUCCUUUCCACUGGGCCAGGUGCUCAGUGGGGCUGUUCACAGGUGCCCCUUUGAGAGGAAGAAGCCAACCUUCACUCACAAGGGCUAAGGGCAGUGGAGCCCUGCGAAGGGCAGAAGGGUGGUUGGGCAGUGGCUUUACCCUGUGCCCCACCAGCUGAGCGUGGUGGUGGUGUAUGGCUGGAAGCCCGGCAUCCAGUUGCCAUUGUCUUUGAUUUUGUGACAUCUCUUGUGCUCAGAAAGCCAGUGUCCCCUUCCUGCUCCCUAGCAUGUGUGCUGACUCCCUUGUGUGGACGAUAGUUACCCUUGGACACUCCAGCCCGGGGGGUGCAGAUGUUCCAGUGUGAAGAGAGUCCUCUAUGUCCUAGAAUCUCAGACGCGUCGCUUGGAAACGAUGAUUCGUAUCAUGAUGAUUUUUCUUUCUUUCCUCCUAGCCAGGAGGUGAUUUGUAGACCCUGAUUGCCUAUGUCAUGUAAAUAGUGUACAUUUAAUUUAUUGCUAUGGUAGCACAUUGUAUUUGUUAAUGUAUAAAACAAAUUCUAAAAUGUUGACAAAUGUAUAUUUUGUUGCUUAAAUGUGUCUUUGCAGAAAUUGACAAUAAAUAACAUAUUUUGUGUCCA